GUCUCCUUCCCCCGCGCACCGCUACGGUCCCGUCUUUACGGCAUUAACAUAUCCUUCAUUGUAUUUGCUCAAAAUAACGAGAACACCCCGACUCUAAUGAUAAUCCCAAUCAACCUUCCUGGCCCUUCAAACGGCCCCCGGCUCCCCCCAAGCCUCGCGAAGCUCGGAAACUCCGAAGUGGUCAUCAUCGAGCUACAGGGAUCACUCGAAGUCGAAGGGGAUAGGUCCGGGCAGGCAGUCGGGAAGCUCAAAUUCGAAGGGGACAAGCCGACGCUCCUGAUCGGCCACCACCUCCUCGAGGGCAAGCUCGUCACGCUCCAGAAGCCGCUCGCAGUCCUUCACCGCGCACAGCCAAAUGAGGAUGACGGCACGAGCUAUGAUAUGAUUGGCUUGGUACGCCGGAAGAUCGUGUUCGCGAAGCGGCCUAUGCCAGUUAUCAACGCGGCGGCAGUGAAGCAGGGAAUGGAGGCCGGCGGGGCGAAGGAUGAUACGGAGGGGAAGCGGAAGAAGUUGAAAUUGGGAUAAUGCGAGAGUCGACUAUCGAGCUGUACGUCCGCCCGUGGAGAAAGAGCGUUCGGACCUUCCUGUACGAGAUUCGGUUGUCAGCCCCGCGGGCAUCACCUCACAGAGCACCAACGACGAAAAAUCAUUCCGC